UUAUCGAAGCUUCACCCCACGUUGACCUCUGCCUACCUCCUACCUAUCACCUCAAGUAAUUCAUCAACUUACAACUUCACAAACACCUCCAACCUUCCUACUGUCGACAAAAAACAAGUUCACGAGAAAAGGUCGCCAAAAUGGAGGUGGCUAUGAAAUCAUGGGAGCUGGACAACGACAUCAAGCUCGUUGACCCGACGCGCGACGCCCUGUACGACUACGACAACGACCGGCAGACGGAGAUCAACUCCGCGAAACCCUGGAAGGAGAACCCGCACCACUUCCAGCACGUGCGCAUCAGCGCCGUCGCGCUGAUCAAGAUGGUCAUGCACGCGCGGUCCGGCGGCUCCAUCGAGAUCAUGGGCAUCAUGCAGGGGUACACGGACGGGGACACGAUCGUAGUAACGGACGCCUUCGGCUUGCCCGUCGAGGGCACCGAGACGCGCGUCAACGCGCAGGACGACGCGCUCGAGUACAUGGUCUCGUACCUGGGCCUGUGCCGGGCCCAGGGCAGCCGCCAGGAGAACCCGGUGGGCUGGUACCACAGCCACCCGGGCUACGGCUGCUGGCUGUCCGGCAUCGACGUCGGCACCCAGAGCAUGCAGCAGCAGUUCAACGACCCCUUCGUCGCCGUCGUCAUCGACCCCGACCGCACCAUCAGCGCCGGCCGCGUCGAGAUCGGCGCCUUCCGGACCUAUCCCGCCGACUACAAGCCCUCUUCCCCAUCCCCCACCUCCCCCUCCUCCUCAUCUCCUUCUUCUAGUGGCGCUGGUGGUUCCGCCGCCGUCCCUCUGGCUAAAGCCGAGGACUUCGGCGCCCACGCGAGCCGGUACUAUAGCCUGGAGGUGUCGCACUUCAAGUCCACGCUCGACUCGAGCCUGCUCGAUCUGCUGUGGAGCAAGUACUGGGUGCAGACGCUGGCGCAGAACCCGCUGCUGACGAACCGCGACUACGGAAAUAAGACCCUGCUCGACCUGGGCUCCAAGAUCCGCGACACGACCGCGUCGUACCAGCGCGCGGCCCGCGGAGGCGGCAUGGGAUUACACGGCGGAAGUGGAGGUGGAGGCGCUGGAGGAGGAAAGGGGGCGAUCGAUCAGGAGAUUGACAAGUUGGCUCGUACGAGCCACUUGGUUACGAUGAAUGAGAAGCAGGGGCUUAUGGCGGUCGAGGUGAAGGCUAAGAUUUUUAAUGGGUUGGGUGGUGAUGCUGCUGCGGAUACUGCUGCGCCGACGACGGUAACGAUGACGUGAAUACGCGUAUGUUACAUAAGUAGAUGAGGAUAGACGGGGGAUCAGACAUCAGGUGUUUUCUGUAGACAGCACCCCCUUUCAUGAGAUACGAAGCAUUAGGACGGCGUUAUCAUUUAUUUUCGGAUGGGCUGAGAUUUCAUUAAAAAAGGGGUAAUCAAUACAGAAGUACGCAUGAUGCUUGA